GGCUGCCGCGAGGGGGCGGCGUCGACCGGACCGAAGAUCCUAUAUCGUUGGCGUCGACGGUCGGGGCCGGCGUCAUGAGGAGCUGCCGUUAGUGUCGACGCAGUGAGCGGCCUGCACCCGAUGUACGGCUGUUUCGAAAAGUGUAACCGACGAUGCCGGGAAGGAGGAAGAAGAUAAGACGACUGCGCUGUCGUGCCCGAGAAUUUGUUGAUGGCGCAAAUAUAUACACUCCUCCAGACAGCAUGGACAUGUUGGCUACCAAGUACAAGGAGAAGUGUAAAGUGGAAUCGAGUACAGAGUCUGACUCGGAUGCCUGCACCACUGAGGUUUUUAACCGAAAUUUACCCGAUUCCAUCAAGAAUUGUGAUACAGUAACCCAAUCACUGGAUCCAUACGAUGGAGAUUUGGAGAGCACCUCAAGUGAAUCGGAUGGCAGUAGACAAUUUCUGCAAGAUGUCUACACUGAAAAGUCAAGUUAUCUGUCCCAUGCUAUUGUUGCAGUUGAUAGAAGAAAGUUGUCAGUAAAACCGUAUAAACAGUCCUUGCUGACAACAUUUCUGCCUGUAUGCAGUAAUACAGAGUUAAAUUCCAUACAAGGAGAAACUGCGGCCAUUGGUGGUAUACUCCCUCAAUCUUCCUGUGAAUCAGAAGUACUCUUUAAUGGAAAACAUGAACUUGCAUUUGCAACAAGUAAUUAUGUGGCAGAUGCUGGACACAAGUCUGCAUUAUUGGACUUGGAUAUGUUGGCUCGAUCUCCUACUAUAAACUUGGACAUUGAAAGCGAUCAUAGACUUGUGAACAUGUUUGUUCUGCACGACCCUGGGACUCAUGAGGCCAGACACUCGAAUGUCCAGUGGCGCUCGGGAAAACUUUUAAAGACUGCUCAUGAAAGUUUUCCUGAAGGAAAGGUAUCGGCAAAAAGAAAAAUUGUGAAUCCUUUGAAUGAAGCAAGCAAUGAAUGGAUAAGUAAAAAGAAAAGUCGUAUUCUAAAAACUGAGGUAAGCAAUUUUGUACUGAAGUGGUCUGUUUAGAAAUGCUUCACGAGUAGUGUUACCCAAACUGCAUAUUUAUGUAAAAAUUGUGUUAUUACAAAGAUGUUCUUGGGGUAUGCAAUUAUUUUCCAUUUCAGACAUCUAGUUUUGGCUUGGAUGUGGUCAAAGAAUGCUGAAUAAGACUAAAUAUUUGGCAACAGAAGCAGUGUCUUGGCCUAGUUGCGUAUGUAAUUGUUUUGUGAAGUGACUUUUCUCUUGGUGAUGUUUGUUUGCUUGGUUCUGUGCUUAAAGUUCUGUGGGUGGGGACAAUUUAACAAUCUCUCUCCCAGUUACCAAUCAUGUGAAUGCAAGUGAAUUGUAGAAUGCGAUUAUCAAUUUUUUUUCCUACUAAAGUGAAAGCUGAUUUUUGAUAAAAUAUGCUCAGUCAAAUUGUCUAUUAACUUUUGGAAUUUACUAUUUUGAAGUUGUAUAACAUGGAUUUGUUUUUUUUCCGAUUGUGCCCAUUUCCCACAAGUCUAUACCAAUUGCUCAUCACUGAAGUGGUGACCUCCCUUCUGUAAUUAUUUUUAUUUUAACAAACUCCUGUCUUCUUAAUGCUUGCAGGGGAGUCACCAAAUAGUGUGUUAUUCUGGUAACGUUUGGACCAGGCCACCAAAAGGUGCAGGUGUCUUCGCCUAAAGGAUUUUGGAUAAUGGCCUCCAAACUAAUUGCACUCCAAUUGAAGUCUCAUUCAGAAGUGGUGUAAAUUGAAGUUCACUAGUUUCUUAGUGUGGCUCUGAUUUUGAUUUACCAUUAUUUUAUCAUUUGCGUACAUAAUCAAUAUGCAGCAGUUGUUUAUUGGAUCUGUGAAUAUGUUGUAUUUUUCUUCCCACUACCGUUAGUCGAUGUAUUAAUAUCAAUGGACUGUUAUUGGGGAGGAAGAGGGAAAGCCUGUUGUUUUUCAUUUAGCAGCUUGAGUGUACCUCUCUCUGUGUCUGCAUGGGUUUUCUCUGGGUGCGUUGGUUUCCUCCUACAUAUGUGCAUGUUGGUUAAUUGGCUAGCAAAAAUUGCCCCUAGAAUAAGUAGGUGAUAGAAUCUGGUGGCAGUUGAGAAUAAGGGCAGCACGGUGACAUAAUAGUAGAGCUUACAGCACCAGAGACCAGGGUUUGAUCCUGACCACAGGUGCUUGUCUUUCCGGAGUCUACGUUCUCCCUGUGACCUGUGUGGGUUUUCUCGGAGAUCUUCGCUUUCCUCCCACACUCCAAAGACAUCGUUUUUUUUUUUUAGAUUAUUUGGCUUGGUAUAAAUGUAAUCCUAGUAUAUAGGAAAGUGUUAGUGUGCGGGGACUGGUGCGACUCGGAUUGCCGAAGGGCCUGUUUUUGCACUGAAUCUCUAAACUACGGUAUAUAAAAUUAGAUUCAUGUUGGAUUGGUGUAAAUGGGUAGUUAAUCGUCAGCAUGGACCCAAGGCCGAUAAAUCUGUGUACCAUUGUCACCAAAGCAUACAUUUUGAGGAAGAGGAUGUGAUGUUUUUAAAUGUCAAAUGCUAAACUUCCAAUGAGUUUGUUUCUUUGUCUAUUUGUAAAAUAUAGAAAUCAUUGUUUAACCUUCUGUAAAUAUGAAUAACCUACAAACUGCAUUUGGUACAAAGCUUAUGUUUGAGGGAGGAAAUUUAUGUAUAAUUGUAUAUGGUUAUAUUAUACUAGAGAUAUUUUGACCAAAACCUUGAAUUGGUUGAGUUGAUUGGACGGUCAUUAAAAAUCGAAGCUCUUUCAUUCUCUGGAAAGUGUCAAAAUUAGUGACAAGGAACUCUAAGCCUGGUGGAAUCGUGGGCAAUUUUAUGCACAGAUGUUGCUUGAAACUGAUAACUGAAGUGUUUAUUUUGGUGCAAGGUGUACCAUGGGUAAAGCAGUUAACCUCAAGUGUCUGGAUCAAUGGUUCUUUGAUGGAAAUAUGAUGUGGACCAAUAUGAGGAGUUGGUUGUGAGACAGAACUGGCAGUUCAACGUUCCAGAAUUUUGAUGUUUCAGAAGUGAAAGAGAGUUUGUGGGGGGGCGUGGGGUAGAGUUUGUUAGGAGUAUCCAUAAGGUUUCCUGAAACAGUGUGUGGAUAGUCCAACCCAAGGAGGGAAUUACUGGAUCUUGCGUUGGGAAGCAAGCUUGGCCAGGUGACUGGUGUUUCACUGGAAGGGCAUUUGGAGUAUAGUGAUUAUUGGUUUAAGGUAGUUAUGAAUAGGUCUGUAUGUUGGGGGGAGGGGGGAAGUAAUAAAUUGGAGUAAAGCAGAUUACAGCAAUUAGGGAGAGGAAUUCGGGAGCAGUUGUUAUUGGAUAAAUCCACGUCUGACCUGUGAAAGUAAUUUAAAGGCCAGCUAAUCAGAAUUCAGGACCAGCAUAUUCUCGCGAGAAGGCGGGUAUAAGGAUGGCAAGGUAAGGGAACCUUGGUUGACCGAAGAGAUUGUAAAUCUGGUCAAAAACCGUAUGAAAGGUUUAGAAAGAUGAUUUCAGCUGGGUCUUUGAACAAUAUAAUGCAAAAAGAACUCACAGACAUUUAGAAGAACCAAAAGGAGCUAUGAAAUGUCAUUAGCGAGUAAAGAAAAUCCCACGGCUUUUUAUACAUACAUUUAAAAACUAGAGGGUGACCAGGGAGAGGAUAGGAUUGCUCAAUGAAGAUGUGGGAAAUCUGUGCUUGGAAACAAGAUAUCGGCGAGGUGUUAAAUUAGUGCAUUGAAUCCGUAUUCACCAAGGGGAUGGACAUGGAGGACACUGUGGAGAAGGCUAAUAUGUUAGGGCAGUUUGAGCUCAAGAGGGUGGUAGUGUUGGGGUUCUUGAAGAGCAUUAAGAUGGAUAAAUCCCUCAAAGACGGAUGAAUCUAUCCCAGGUUGAGGGAGGCAAGAGUGGAGAUUGCAUGGGUCUUGAUGAAGAUCUUUGCCUUUUGCCACAGACGAGGUCCUUGAGGGCUAGAAAGUAACUAAUGUUGCUCCUUUGUUUAAGAAUGUUAGUAGAGAUAAUCAAGAAAAUUACAGGCCAGUGAGCCUCACAUAAAUGGUAGUAGGGAAGCUAUUGGAGAGGAUUAUUCAGAGGAUUUACUUCCAUUUAAGAGUAUGGGCUUAUCUGAAACUAUCAACAUGGGUUUAUGUUGAUAGUCCCAAAUAAGAGUCUGAGACUAUCAACAUGGGUUUAUGAAGGCAUGACAAAGGUGAUCGAUGAGGACAGGGUAUGUUGUCUACAAGGAUGAAAGUAAUGGGCCUGUCCCACUUAGGCAAUAAAAAAAAAAAAAUGUUUAGGCGACUAGGCUUUUGCCACAUGGUCGCCUGUAUGGUUGUGAAUAGUCUCCUCAGUUGCCCAAAGAGUUGUAGAGUCUUUCUGGUCGCUGCUGGCUUUUCAACAUGUUGAACAUUUUUCAGAGACAGUCGGCGACAGUGGGUUUGACGCCAAUGAGCAUUGCUUGACUUCUCCUGACGUAGGUGUCGCCAGGUGACACACAGGUUGUUGCCAGUGCUGACUUCGUUUUUUUUUUGUUAAAGUAAUGAUCCU